AUGGUCAGCUAUCGGAUGAUUGCCGUUGCCGGCUUCUUAGCUAGCGUCAACGCUCUUCCUUUGAACAUCAACCUUGGCGCAUACUCCCCCGCAUUGGUAGUCGGUGAUGGUGAGAUCUCGUUCGGCGGGGGCCAAGACGUAACGAACUUGAUGAACGCAUUGGAGGGUGCCGCAGUCAAUGCUGCGACUGGAACUGCCAACAAUGCUGCUGCUGUGCCCGAAGCUGGCACCAACAACGCCGCCGCUUCCACCCCCGCUGCCGGGGACACCGUCGUGGCCGCCGAAAGCAACAACGCCGCUGCUGCCGCCGAUACCCCCGCUUCUAAUGAAGCCACUGAGGCUCCCGCUCCGUCCUCAGGUUCUACUACCGUAGACCCCAACUUGCAACAGCAAGCUACUCAAAUAUCUGGUCUUCAGGGCAUGGGCAAGGAGAUCGCUCCCCGUGAGGAUGAAUCGCCCAAGGCUAAGCGUGACCUCGCCGGCUUCGACCGAGCUCUCACCUUCGCCGAGGCGGCCUUGACCAAGGGUCCUCUAAUCCAGCUUGGUACUGGUGAGGGUGGUGCUGGUGUCGGUAUCAUUGUUGAUAAUAAGGGUGGCGCUGUCGGUGCGGCCGCUAAUGCCGCUGCCAAGCGUGAUGAAUCUUCUGCGCAGCCCCGCCGACGAACCAAGGUCACGCGCAUGUACGUCAAGCGCGGUGUCCCUGCCGCUAUCCAGACAUCUAGUGAACUCGAAACUCGCUCCGUGGAGUCCCUCCCCGUCGCAAAACUCCCGGCCGUGGCUAAGCGACAAAGUUCAUCUUCGAACGAUGUCAUUGACUCGAUCAACCUAAAUGUCGACGACAGCCAAGGGUUCACGAUGACGUUCGUCGAGACGACAGAAGACGCCGAUGAUGCCGCGAUAGAUCAGACACAGGAGUAA